AGGGGGGCGGCUGGAGCCGCUUCCAGUCCCAGACGCUGGCGAAGUUUUGCGCGGAAAGGGGUAAAGUUUGUGCGGAGUGCGGGCGGCCGAGGUUUGCGCCGGAUUUUGGCUAUGCGCUGACCCCGGGAGCGGCGCACCGGCCGCAAUGGGUCCCUGGCUGCUGUGCUGCUGGUUGUCCGCCGCGCUGGCGGUGGAAGAAAUGUUGAUGAACACAAGACUGGAGACAGCAGACCUGAAGUGGACGGUGUAUCCAGAAUCUGGGUGGGAGGAGGUGAGCGGCAGCGACGACGAGAUGAACACCGUGCGCACCUACGAGAUCUGCCACGUCUUCCAGCCGGGCCAGAACAACUGGCUGCGCACCACCUACAUCCCCCGGCGCAGUGCCCAGCGCGUCUACGUGGAGCUGAAGUUCACCAUGAGGGACUGCGCCGCCAUCCCCAAUGUCCCCGGCUCCUGCAAGGAGACCUUCAACCUCUACUACUAUGAGUCGGACACGGACUCGGCCACCCAGAGCUGGCCGGCGUGGAUGGAGAACCCCUACGUGAAGGUUGACACGGUGGCAGCAGAGUCGACCUUCCCCAACAAGCAGAGUGGCCGCGCCAACACCAAGACAGUGAGCCUGGGCCCACUGACGGCCAAGGGCUUCUACCUGGCCUUCCAGGACCAGGGGGCCUGCAUGGCCCUGCUCUCCGUCCGCGUCUUCUACAAGAAGUGCCGGGCCACUGUCGUCCGGUUCGCCUCCUUCGCCGAGACGGUGACAGGCGCCGAGCACACCUCGCUGGUCAUCGCGCCAGGCACCUGCGUCCCCAACGCGGUGGAGGUCUCCAUCCCGCUCAAGUACCACUGCAACGGCGACGGGGAGUGGAUCGUGGCUGUCGGGGCCUGCACCUGCGCCCCCGGAUACCAGCCUGUGGAGAAGGACACGGCUUGUAGAGCUUGUCCUGCAGGCAAGUUCAAAGCCAGCCAAGGCGAGGGUCCUUGCAUCCCCUGCCCCCGGAAUAGCCAGGCCACCUCCCAGGGCGCCACCUCCUGCACUUGCCUGCGGGGGCACUACCGAGCCAACAACGACCAGCCCGAGAUGCCUUGCACCACCAUACCCACCAAGCCGCGGGACGUGAGGGCAACGGUCAACGACACCACGGUGACGUUGGAGUGGAGCGAACCGCUGGAUGCCGGGGGGAGGGACGACCUGACCUACACGGUGGCCUGCCGCCGGCUCCAGGAGCGGGGGCCCCCUGCCCCCUGCGCCGAGGACGUCCGGUUCUCCCCCCGGCAGCACGGCCUCAAGCAGCGGUGGGUCAUCAUCAGCCGGCUCCAGCCCCACACUGGCUACGUCUUUGAGGUGCAGGCACACAACGGGGUGUCCAGCAGGAGUGGCUUCCAACCGCGCUCCACUGCCAUCAACGUCACCACCAGUCAGGACGACCACCCACUGGCCAUCAGUGAGAUCCAGCAGACCACCAGGACCAAGACCAGCAUCGCCCUCCGCUGGCCCAUCCCCUCCGAACUCCACGGCCGCGUCCUCGACUACGAGGUCAAGUACUACGAGAAGGAGAAGAAUGAAUCCAGUGCCUCUCACGUCAACAGCUCCACAAACUCCCUGGCGAUAGACGGGCUGAGGAGCGGGGUUGUCUACGUGGUCCAGGUUCGGGCCAGGACGGAAGCCGGUUAUGGAAGGUUCAGCAGAAAGAACGACUUCUGGACCCUGGGCACAGAUAACCCGAGCCGCCGGGAAGAACUCUUCCUCAUCACCAGUUCGGCAGCGGUCAUCUUCGUCCUCCUGGUGUUGGCCGUGGUGGCAGUGGUCUGUUUCAGGAAGCAGCGCAAGCGGGAUCCGGACUAUUCCGAGAAGAUGCCCCCGACAGCUGGUGUUCCAGGCAUCAAAGUCUACAUCGACCCCUUCACCUACGAGGAUCCCAACGAGGCCGUCCGCGAAUUUGCCAAGGAGAUUGAUGUGUCCUAUGUGAAAAUCGAAGAAGUUAUUGGUGCCGGCGAGUUCGGGGAGGUGUGCCGGGGGCGUCUGAAAGUCCCAGGCAAAAGAGAAAUCUACGUGGCCAUCAAGACGUUGAAAGGAGGCUACACGGACAAGCAGAGGCGGGACUUCCUGAGUGAAGCAAGCAUCAUGGGACAGUUUGAUCACCCCAACAUCAUCCACCUGGAGGGCGUGGUCACCAACAGUUGCCCGGUCAUGAUCAUCACAGAGUUCAUGGAGAACGGUGCCCUCGACUCCUUUUUACGGCUGAACGACGGGCAGUUCACCCCCAUCCAGCUGGUGGGCAUGCUGCGGGGAAUCGCCUCGGGGAUGAAGUACCUGUCGGACAUGAGCUACGUGCACAGAGACCUGGCCGCGCGCAACAUCCUGGUCAACAGCAACCUGGUGUGUAAGGUGUCCGACUUCGGCCUGUCCCGCUUCCUGGAGGAGAACUCUUCGGACCCCACCUACACCAGUUCCUUGGGUGGAAAGAUCCCGAUCCGUUGGACGGCCCCGGAAGCCAUCGCCUUCCGCAAGUUUACCACGGCGAGCGACGUGUGGAGUUAUGGCAUUGUCAUGUGGGAGGUGAUGUCAUUUGGCGAGCGGCCGUACUGGGACAUGUCCAACCAGGACGUGAUCAACGCCAUCGAGCAGGACUACCGGCUGCCCCCACCCACGGACUGCCCCACCUCCCUGCACCAACUCAUGCUGGACUGUUGGCAAAAGGACCGAAACAACAGGCCACGGUUUGUCCAGAUCGUCAGCGCCCUGGACAAACUCAUCCGCAACCCCGCCAGCCUGAAGAUCGUAACCCGGGAACUCGGAGCACUCUCUCAGCCGCUGUUGGACCGUGGCAGUCCGCACUACUCCACCUUCUCCACUGUCGGAGAGUGGCUGAAGGCCAUAAAGAUGGGUCGGUACGAGGAGAACUUUGUCAACGCUGGCUUCACAGCCUUCGACCUCAUCGCCCAGAUAUCGGCAGAGGACCUACUGCGGAUUGGAGUCACUCUGGCCGGCCACCAGAAGAAGAUCCUGUCCAGCAUCCAGGGAAUGUCGACACAGGCGAAGCCACCUUCCGCAUCUCACAACUGACUGCCCCGGGCACCACCGAGGAACGGGAACACGGCAGAGGGCGACUAAGGGGGGAGCGCCACUCGCGCUGAGACGGACAUUUCGGGCUCGCGCUCCCUCUCUCCCUCUUUUUCUCUCUCUCUCUCUCUCCCUCUCUCUCAGUCCCCUCUUGGGCUCCGCCUUCUGCCCUCUCCCAGGCCGAGGACCUUUCCGGACUCUCGUUCUUUGUUGUUUGCACUUUGAGGUCCCGGAUUCACCUCGCCACCGCCGGUCCUGGUUCCGGUGGCAAAGGCCGAACUCUUGGGCCCGUGGUCCUCCCCUCUCCUGGGGUGGGGAGGCUUCGGCCUAGUCAAAUUGGGAGAGCCUCGCUGCAUCACAGCCCCUCCCUACGCCUUCGGUGGUGCGUAGACGCAAGGACGUCCUGGGAGAUCAGAGUGGGCGCGCUUCCACACCGGAUGGAGAGACCCGGUUGGCCUGUGGUCUUCAUAUUGAAGAUGAGCAAAUUAACUUCGCCAGUGGACUCCCAGGUUUGGGAUAUGCCUGGUUUCCCCAGUGGGAAAAAAAGAGUUUAAUAUAAUCGCUCCUGGCCGACACAAACUGAGCUCCAAAUCUCCUCUGAGCUUAGUUCUCUUUUGAAGAGACUCUUUUCUUGUUUUGUAUUGCUUUUAAUGUUUUAUGUAACAAUGUGGAAAGGGUGGUCAAAGGUUCCUCGUUCAAGACUCCAAGGCCUCUGAGAUCCAUGGACAGGGUCAAGCUUCCCUCCCUCCCUCUCCCCCGACUUUUUUCUUGGCUCCCUGGAGACCACCUUGCCUUCCUCCCAAACCUCCCCUCUUACCUCCCUCAACCCCCCUUACCAUUCCACCUUGCCUUCCUCCAAAUACACACUCCUUCCCUCCCUCAACACCUCCUCUUCCGUCCCCCAACUCUCCCCUCCUUCCUUCCUUCCCUCCCUCCCUCAAACCCCUUUCCCUUGCCACCCUGCCUUCCUCCAAAAACGUCCCCCUCCCUCAACUCCACCUUCCCUCCCUUGCCUUCUCCUCCUUAAGGACUGAAUCACCCACUGGAAGUGUGAUGCCCAGCCAGCACUGGAGAGGUCUUACUGGGGUUGGGGUUGGAGGUGGGUGAGGUGGGGGGGGGGGCAGUGCUGCUAACAGUUGGAGGGAGGAAGAGGGGGCAGUGGGUGGUGGACGCAGGGGGAAAGAGGUUCCACUCCUGUGGGCAAUUACACGGGACCUCUCCUGUUCUGGUGACCCCACCCCGAACCCCCUCAAAGAUCCGGAACCUAUUGCCCUGCCCACCACCUCCCUCGGUCCACCCUUUGCACCCUUGGGUGCCCAGUGUUGGGUGAGCCACGCCAAGGUGACUCUGCCCCCCUCCAGCUCCUGGACCGAGCAAUCGGUGGUGGGGGGGGGCAGUCUCUGAAUUGGGAAACCCCACCUCCUUUGCUGAUUGGUCAAUUGGAUGAGGUGUGAGACGAUCCCAGGGGAGGGCGGCGAAGGGCUGGUGGUGAGGAGAGGUCAAGUUCAUCACCAUCUCCUACAGAAGCCGUCUUGCUCACGGUGUGACAAUGUUUGCUCUACAAUGUUCGCCUGUGCUGUACACCUGGUAUGAAUCCUAUUCGAGAUGGAGAGCUGGAGUUGGAGCUGUGGGCUGCUAUUCCGCUCAUAUUGAUACCCCUGGUCUACUCAGGGGCUUAGCAGUGGCAAUUCUGCCAGGGACCAUACCCCAGGGGCAAUAGAGAUAUUUCUCUUGACAUUAAACUUCUU